CUCCAAGAGAUACAUUUUUCAAAAUGGCGACGUUGAUAGACGAGGUACAAUCCAGAUCGUUAAGGAAAAGAUUACGUUAAGUUUUGUUGUGUAAGUGGAAUUCUUUCAACAAGACAAGCAAGAUGGCGAUGGAGAAGCAAGCUGUGAUCAAGGAGACCCACCAUCGGUCCGUUACAGCCAUUGGUUAUCAUCCGAUGCGACGUGAAAUCUUGGCGGGUUUCGAAGAUGGUGUGAUAAAAACAUGGGAGGCAGAAGGUUCCAAGUUGGUGUUAACGACUUACGAACAUCAAGGCUGGGUUACCGACUUCUUGUACUGGCAUGAUGGCAAGGUUAUGUUCUCCUCGUCCAAUGAUGGCAUGAUUGUCGCUUGGGCAUCCGGUGGUGGGGUCUAUGAUAGGAUUAAGAUUGGUUCUCCCAUCUAUUGCAUGGCUUUGAAUCAACGUCGGCACCAACUGGUCUGUGGACUCAACGGCUACAUCAGAGUCUACGGCCUUGAUGAAAAACGAGAGAAAAGUAGUAUAGUGCAGGUGGACAGUCCCUACAUCUCCAAGGAGCAUACAGACAUCGUCAAGUGCAUUGUGUGUCUGGAGUCACGAGUGUAUUCAGCAGGGUUUGAUUCCAAGUUGAUCAUCUAUGAUUCUUCAUCGUAUCCAGGAAACAAGGGCCUUACUCCAGUCUUCUGCAAUCCCAAGGCUCAUGAUGCUGGCAUAUCCUGUCUUGUGCUGAUCAAAGAUACUGAGAAUAACACCUGGUUAGUGACGGGCUCAUUUGACAAGGUUGUCAAGAUUUGGUCUCAGGAUGGCAAACUGACCCAUCGGCUUGAUGGCUUCCUGUCCACUAUAACAGACUUGUGCUAUGUGCCUAAGAAUAAGACAUUGUGGAUAGCUAGUGGCCUGCCCACUGCCACACUGUACGAUCCUAAAUCCGGUGAAAAUGUCACCGAUUUUAUUGGAACUUUUCAAGAGGAAGAAGACAAUCAGAAAUACCACCUGCACAUCCUGAAAUACAUUCCUGAAAUGGGUGAACACACAAUUUUUCUUUUAAAUGGCUCAUUUUCAAAGAGCAACUCACAUUUAUGCACCAAAAUGUCAGACCCCUCUUUCAGCCUUGAUGAGGUGAGGCAACACCCUUUGACAAAGAGAGGAAGCCCACUCUUAUCAAGUGCUUUUAUUUGGUUCAUUGUGACUAGACCUUGUGGUGCCUUCAUACAAUGCUUCGUGUACAGAGCUCAAGUCAGUCACAGGUAUAGGCACGUAUAUGUUCUGACUCAUCCAGGUAAUUUUUCUAGGAAUACAGAAUUAAUGAAUCGGGCGACUAGACUUCAGGUCAUUCUAAGUGUUCCUGGACGACUUGACAAAAGAGGUAUUCACACUGCCUCUCCACCACACAAUAAUCCCAUCAUUCAUUCACAGCUAAAGACCAACAUAAAUGGGUCUGGACACCAGUUGUGUCUGCAUUCCCAUGUCAGUCCAGUUGACCAGAUUCGUAAUUUUGUAUUUGUCCAUACAUACACGUAUGCCUCUAUGUACAGAUUUUUUAAUAUAUUCAUCUCCAUUGCAGCUAGUACAAGUCGUCGUCAUCUCAUGAUGUGGAAAUACAACCCAUCAGGUUGCAUCACUGCUCUAAAAUGCAAGCAUGCUGUAGAGUGUCUGACAUACACCCACAAGGUGCCUAUUCUGAUUUUUGACGGUGGGAGUGACGGUCAAGCCAACAAAUGGGAGAGGCUGCAGUCCAAUCAUUUCAUGUACAGCAAAGAGACUUUCCUUUUAGCUGAGGCCAAGAACAAGUUAACCCAGGUGAUGAAUCUCAAGAAAGACCCACACCAACAGGUGCAAGUCAGCUCAGUCGUACGAGUAGUCAAGCCACAGCUGGGUAGCCAUUACAUAUUCAACAAGCCCGAGGCACAGCCUGCAGAACAUCAGAAACACUACCACCCAGCACUUCUGAAAGCCACAUUUGCCGAGGAUCUGGAUCUCCUCCUGCUGGGGUCAGAAGAUGGCAACAUCUAUGUGUGGGGCUUUGAUGAUGCGGCUGUCAAUGCUCUGCGAGAUAUGAAGCCGGUGGGCAUGCCAGAGUUGGUCAAGAAGUAUGCUGUUCUGCUCCGUGAGGACUCUGAACUCUUAGGUGAAAACGGUCUGUACCAAACAGGCCUGAUGGAUAGUCAGGCCCAAGACUCGGUGACCAAUCGUGUGGCUGGUUUCAUCUGUAAGAAUGUCCUCAUUGGCCACAGCAGCUGCGUGACUUGCCUGACCCUCAUUGGUAGAGACAGUGGUUUUGGUACAACUUACAUGUUAAGUUCAGGCUGGGACCGAAGAAUCUGUAUUUGGGAUUUGGAAACUGGCACGCUGCAUGAUACAUUCCGCAACACUUCCCGUGACUCAUAUGAAGUGCAGGAAUUGGCGUGUGAUGGCAUCGUAAUUGAUAUGGACUACAGCUGUCAGAGGAAGGAGUUUGCCUAUGCUUCAAGCGACAAGAUGGUUUACAUACGCAGUUUUGAUCCUGAUGGCAGCAAGAUGCGUCUGAGCAACACUCUACAGGGACACGAGGGGGAAAUCACUCAGGUCAAAUGGUCCAGGGCACGCUCCAACUGGGUCACCGCCUCAGAGGAUGGAACAAUCAGAAUAUGGAGCGGUGAUGGUAUGUCCUGUAUACAGGUGCUGGCAACCCACGGAGCCAUCACAUCUCUCUGCAUAGAUGCCUACAACAGCUGCAUCAUAGCUGGUGUUCAAAACACUAUUAAAGUUUAUGAUCCAGACAACUACAAACUAGUGCAGACGAAUGUUGGACACACAGACUCCAUACGCAGUAUUCUACACCUGCCUGAAAGAAAUCAGUACGUUUCUGGUUCUUGGGAUGGCAGUCUGCGUGUCUGGAAUGCCUUCAAGCCCAUCGCUCGCAAGAAACGCCUCAAGAUAGAGGAGAAAAGAGAGAGCAUUGCAGGAUUCAGUGCCAACAACCCCAACUACCUCAUUGAAGAUGAUGACCUGGCUUAAUCCCUGGCUUGGUUCAUUGCUUACCUUUGAGAAGUUGACAGUGAACUACAUGUACUUGUCAUGAGUAGAACCUGAGUUUGUAUUACUGAAAACGAUGGUGCAGCCCACUGGCUUGUG